AUGAAAAUUUUUGCACGCCACUUAGAGCGCAAUGGGAGUGGCACCGUCUCUCUCAUGCCAGAGUGCGACGAGGAUCUCUACCAUCUGUACAAUUUGAUCCAGCCUGAGGACCGCGUCUCCGCCUCGACUGUGCGACGAAUCCAGAGCGAGUCUAGUACAGGCUCCAUUGAGUCGCAGAGAAUGCGACUACAGUUGACUUUGUCUGUCACCAAGAUUGAUUUCGAAAUGGCCGCAGGAUCUGGCAUGUCGAGCGCUGCGAGCUCGACGGCCGUGAUUGGCGCUCCCCAUGAGCCAGUCUCGUCAGACAGCGAACCUAAUUCCAGUGUAUCUACACCUAUGAGCUCACUUGUGCUCGGCGAAGCGGGCAGCACUCCUUCGCUCAGCGGGGCAAGCCAGGGGCAACCAACGUUGCACAUUUCUGGAAGAGUCGCGGAGGAGAAUAAGCACGUCCGCAACGGUUCCUUCCACACGCUCGACAUUGAGCUGAACCGCAAAAUGUCCAUCACCAAAGAGCAAUGGGACCAGUACCAUCUUGAUAUUUUGGAAGAAAGUGGUGAUGCUGGCAAGUCAGCUGAAGUUGGCGCUGUGAUCCUGGGCGAAGGCCGUGCCAUUGUUUGUCUUCUCACCAGCCAUAUGACUAUCAUCAAGCAACGCAUCCAAGUUGCACUUCCUCGAAAACGCGCAGGAGCUGGUUACGGAAAUGCACAGACGUCCAGUGGCACAGUGAAAAUAACUGAUCGCUUUCAAGCGCAAGUGUACGACGCUGUUAUUAAACUACUUUCACUUCCAGAAAUGCGCGUCGUGCUACUCGCCUCACCCGCCUUUUAUCGCGAAAAUAUGUACGAAUACUUGCUUGCCGAGGCGACGAGGCGGUCAGAAAAGCUCCUUAUGGGAAGCGAGGGUAAACGCAAACUGCUGAAGGUCUAUUGUGCGACGCCACAUGUACAUUCGCUCAUGGAAGUGCUCCAGAGCCCGGAAGUUACGUCACAGCUGCAAAAUACGAAAUUCACGAGAGAGACCCAGGUUCUUGAUCAAUUCUUGCGUGAUCUUGCAAGAUCGGAAAACUAUGCUUGGUACGGUGAGCGUCCUGUUGUACUGGCAGCUGAGCGUGGUGCAAUUAAAACUCUGUUGUUGUCAGAUGCAUUCUUACGAAACACACAUCCCAAUAUUCGCAAGCAAUGGAUCGAAUUGUGUGACAAAGUAAAAGGCUUUGGCGGUGAGGUAUGCAUUUUCAGCUCUUUGCACGAGAGUGGCCGUCAGCUCAAUGGGCUAGGCGGUGUCGCUGCUAAGCUAUCAUAUCCUCUUGAUCUCGAUAUGGUUGAAGAAGAAGAGUCUGUAUAA